AUGUCGAACGCGCUUUUCUCCAUGAUUAGCAAGCGCGUGCUUGCCGAGUCCGCUAAUAAUCGCUUUGGAAUGGAGGAUCCCUAUUUCGAAGAGGUGCCUGCGUCUCGACUUGGGCGUACUUUUGGAAAGAAGAAGCAAAAGCGCCGCAAGGCUAUCCCACCAGGACUGUCCGAACACGAUGCCAAAGUCCUUACCCAGGUCAAGCGUCGAGCAUAUCGACUCGACUACUCUCUGUUCAAUUUAUGCGGUAUCCGAUUCGGCUGGGGCAGUGUUAUUGGACUCAUCCCAUUUAUCGGUGACGCUGGUGACGCCGCAUUGGCCAUGAUGGUAGUGAGGACGUGUGAGGGAAUUGAAGGUGGACUGCCAGCACGUUUGCGGUAUAUGAUGCUUGUGAAUGUGAUCAUUGACUUUGUCAUUGGCCUUGUGCCAUUCAUCGGUGAUAUAGCGGAUGCGGUGUAUAAGUGCAACACAAGAAAUGCCGUGCUUCUUGAAAAGCAUUUGCGAGAGAAGGGCGCCAAGGCUCUCUCCGGGCGAAACAGUUCAUCCCGAAGGAACGAACCGCGGGUUAAGGAGAUCGAUCACAGUCUCCCAGAUGAGUUUGAUAAGCAGGAGAGUGGUGUGGUGGGAAACUCCCCGCCGACAUACCAAGAGCAUGGCUCCGGGGGCAAUGGAAACGCAGCCAACCACCCCACGAUGCCUCCACCUGCUAAGCAACCUCGAUCUAACCGUUCCGUUGCCAGAUGGUUUGGCGGAGCAAGCCGUCCACAGGAAGACCCAGAACGCGGCGCGUGA